GAUCCCUCUCCUCCUCACAGCUCGGGCGGAAAAUAGAGACGAGGGUAGGGCAUCGUCUCCGGCGGCCGGCGAGGGUGUUCUCCGAGGAAUUCUUCACGCUGUGGUGAUCCUCUUGUCGAGGAGAGAUUGUGGGCACGAGGAAGAACCGAAAUCCAAGCUAUCCGAACCCUAGAACCUCCUUCUCGGUUGUAAGUUAAAGAACAAGAAUAAAGGAAAAGCUAAAGUAUGAAAGGAAGGCGACAAGGUGGUGGUGGUGAAGGUGUGUGAUGACUGGACUAUGGAGAGAUCCAGAGUUUGCUAGCGAAUUUUCAGGACCUACCUGUUUAAGCAUAAACUCUAGUACCCGGACCGCUCCGACUCCUGUCCAAGCAAUUCAAAUAGCCGAACGAAUUCGCCAGAAGAAAAAGCCCUUUCGCUUCUUCCGGAUCGAGCUUCUCCAACUCUGUCCGUAAUACGAGAUGGAGGAUCGGCAUCUCGUCCGUUGCAGCGAGAAUGAAGAGCUCACGCUUUACCUAUGGAGGAAGCGGCAGGAGAUGGCCGACUCUGGGGGCAUCUCUGACAAUCUCGACUCCACGCUUUCCGUCGCUUAUCGCAACAUCUGCAAUGCGAAAACCCCGAUCAGAACCCUUAAAGACCUGUCCUCAAUAAAGGGCGUGGGGAAGUGGAUCCUGAGGCUGAUGCAAGGGUUCUUCCAAGAGUCUGUCGCGGAUGAGCCUUCCGCUAAGAAUGAUGCUCCUCGGAAUGGGAAGAAAGCAAAAGAGCCGAAAAGAUACAUACCCCAGAAGAAUUCGGCUGCAUAUGCCUUACUUAUUACACUUUACAGAGCAAUGCAGAAUGGGGCAAGUUUUAUGAAAAAACAAGAACUGAUUGAUGCCUCAGAAGCAAGUGGCCUUUCACGGACUUCAAUUGCGACAGAUAAGAGUAAGCAACCUGGAUCUUUUGGGAGUUCGAGGGAUUGGUAUACUGGAUGGAGCUGCAUGAAAACAUUGAUAUCAAGAGGCUUAGUGGUGAAGUCUAGCUGCCCAGCAAAAUUCAUGCUAACGCAAGAAGGGCAAGAAGCUGCAAAAGAAUGCCUCAUUAGAUCGGGGAAUCUUCAAUCCAUGUCAGAAAAUAAUAUAUGCCACAGUAUUUCUGUUGCUCAAAGUUCACCUGUUGUUAAAUUGACUCCACAACUAUCAAGUACAAGCUAUCAGCAAGAAGUGAUUGGCAUUUCAAAUGAGGUUGCAGAUAAGGUUUGGGCAUCUUCUGAAGUACAUGGCAAGCAAGCUGAUCUCUCUGAUUAUAGCAUGGAUUAUACAGUCCAGGGAAAGCAGUGCAGAUCAACAUUUAUCAGCAUGUCCAAAGUUCAGGAUAUUAUGACCACCAUACCUGAAGCCAAUACGGCGUCCCAGAUUCCUGUUUGUUUUGAUGUCACUCAAUCUUUCAAUUUACGAGUUUGCACUGCAGUUGAUCCUUAUUCGCACAAAGCAUCUGCUAAUGAUGUUAUCAAAGGAAAUGACAAUAUUCUUGCCAUGCCACCACAUGACUUUGGGGAGAAAUUUCGGGAUAUAUAUGAUGUUAUCUUGAUAUUAGAUGAUCGUGAAAACUUUGGGUCCCGUUCAAGAAAAGUCAUUGAUAACAUACAGAUGCAAUUCAAUAUCUUAGUAGAGGCUAGACGCUUACCUGUUGGAGAUGCCAUUUGGCUUGCUCGACGUAGAAGGUGCAACACUGAGUAUGUGCUUGAUUUUAUAGUAGAAAGAAAAAGAGUUGACGAUCUGUGCAAAUCAAUUAGGGAUAACAGAUAUAGAGAUCAGAAGUUGAGAUUACAGAGAUGUGGAGUCCAAAAACUGAUAUAUUUGGUGGAGGGUGACCCAAAUAGUUUGGAGGCUGCUGAAAGCAUUAAAACUGCAUGUUUCACAACAGAAAUAUUGGAAGGAUUUGAUGUACAAAGGACGAGUGGUUUUUCCGAUACUGUGAGAAGAUAUGGCUAUCUCACCAAAUCAAUAAUUGAAUACUACGAUGAGCAGUUCUGCAUUGGCAAAGUUCGGCACUCUGGAGUUUGCUCCUCAUACAAGGAAUUUAUCAGUAAAUGUCAAGAUCUUGAGAAGAUGACUGUUAGUGAUGUUUUUGCUCUUCAACUCAUGCAGGUUCCACAAGUAACAGAAGAGAUAGCUCUGGCUGUUGUAGGUUUAUAUUCAACUGUUCUUUCCCUGGCUCAGGCAUACUCUGAACUGGAGGGAGACCUUCAUGCUCAAGAGGAGAUGCUGAAGAACAAAAGUAGAGUUGUGAGCACACUAGCCAGCAGGAACAUCUUCAAGCUUGUUUGGGGUGGCUAACACAACUGUUCUCCGAAUACUCAAGAACCAACGAGGAAGACAUGUUGAUAUGCAGUGGCUUGCCGAGGCCUGUUGGCAUCCAUUCCACUUGCUGGUGAGUUCUGGUGCCCCUACCAUCAAGUAUGAAUUGCUAUUGUCACUGGCAUGUUCCAGUGUCCUAGGUAACCACCCCUUGUCCAACAAGCUCUAAGGUCAUUUCAUGGAGCAUUUCUGCCUUAGGAGCAUCCUUGCAAGGGAAAGACAAACUCCAGAGUGCAAUGACAGUGUUGGAUGCAAGAUUUUUUCAAUUGUACGAAGUAUAGUAUCUCCUAUAUAUGUAUCUAUCGUUCGAGUUUCAUCACGGGCUUUUCUUAGUGCUGAACAUUGUAUUCUAGAGCAAGGGUUGCAGGAGAACUUUGGUCGAGUAAAGCAUGAUGGUUUUUUUUAAUGACAAAGCCAUGGUACUACAGCUACCGUUUUAAGUGCUUGUAGAAAAUUGGGCCAUGUGUAGUUAUUUUCAGGCUUUAUAAAUUGUUGUCGCUCUAACAGUUCACUAAGAACUGCUUUAGUUUUGGACUAGUCAAUAUUUCAAUCAGAGAAUGUA